UGAGCGGCGGCGCGGGAUGGGCGGCGGCAAGACGCCGGCGACGGCGACGCCACUCCUCGCAGCAUUGCUCCUUCUCCUCGUCGGCGUCCUCGCGCCGCACGCCGCAGGCGACGGCGAGGACCCGACACCGACGCCAUGGCCGCCCCAGUUCCACGCCAAGCUCCUCAUGGACUUCCACGGCAACCUGUCGCUGGCCGACCUGUGGUACGACUGGCCGGGGGGCCGCAACCUGCACGUCAUCCGCUACCAGCUCGCUGCCGACGCGCCCUUCUACGACAACGAGUGGAACAACGGCACCUCCUUCUUCUACACCCCGGCGCGCCGCACCUGCCGCUCCGCCGCCGUCGGCGUCGGCAUCCUGCCCCCAAACUGGCUCGUCCAGGGCUCCGUCUACCUCGGACGCCAAUCCACCGGCGGGUUCGACUGCCACGUCUUUGCGAAGGCCGACUUCAUCACCUACUACGAGGACGUCCGCACCAAGCGCCCCGUCAAAUGGGUCUUCUACACAGGAAAGACUAGCCAUGUUAUGGCCUUUGAGGAGGGUGCUGUGCUGGAGGACGCAGAAUGGCAGGCACCUGAAUACUGCUUCGGCAAGGGUGAUGAAACAUCCAGCAACAACGCCCUCAUCUCUGAACCUGUUGCUGGGCAUGACGAGGGCUUCUUCCCCAAGAGAAUUCUGACUUUCUGA